AACUUUUUUCUUUGUGUCUGGUAGCAAAAGCAGUUGGGUAUUUUUGAAUAUUACCACUUUGCUUUCUCCAUAUAAGUCCUUAGCCAACCAUUCUUCCAUUUCCAUAUCCAAAAAAACUCCAAAUUCUCUUAAUUAGGACAACAACAACAUUCCAAACACAUAGAGAUCGAAGUAUUUUUAUUCAACUUUCUAUAUAUUAUUAUUAUAACAAGAAGAAAUGACAGUGAUGAAGAUUGGAUGGGAAUCACUUGUUCCUAGCUGUAUUAAGCCACAGGAAAAAAAUAGAAAAGUAGUGAAGGUGUCCGUUACAAAACAGAUUUCGUUUCAUGGAAUUCCUGUAUCGGAUAUUAGCUCUUCUACUCUAUCCUCGGAUCUUUCAAUCUCUCUUGCUGGUUCUAAUAUUCAUUCGUUUACGCUACAAGAACUUAGAGUGAUCACACAAAACUUCUCCACCAGUAAUUUCAUCGGUGAGGGAGGGUUCGGGCCAGUUCACAAGGGAUUCAUUGAUGAUAAACUUAGACCUAAUGCUAUCAAAGCUCAACCUGUAGCUGUUAAGAACCUCGAUUUAGAUGGUUCACAAGGUCAUCGAGAAUGGCUGACGGAAGUGAUAUUUCUAGGGCAAUUGAGGCAUCCACAUCUAGUGAAGUUGAUAGGAUAUUGUUGUGAAGAAGAUAACAGAUUGCUAGUCUAUGAAUACAUGCCCAGAGGAAGCUUGGAGAAUCAACUAUUUAGAAGAUAUUCGGUAUCACUUCCGUGGUCAACGCGGAUGAAAAUAGCUCUUGGUGCUGCAAAAGGUCUUGCUUUCCUCCAUGAAGCUAAAAAACCUGUCAUCUAUCGUGAUUUCAAGGCUUCAAAUAUCUUGUUAGACUCUGAUUACACUGCUAAACUCUCAGAUUUCGGACUUGCAAAAGAUGGUCCAGAAGGAGAUGACACACACGUCUCCACUCGAGUCAUGGGAACACAUGGCUAUGCUGCUCCUGAAUACAUUAUGACCGGUCAUUUGACUGCCGCUAGUGAUGUAUACAGCUUCGGAGUAGUACUCUUGGAGCUUCUAACAGGUCGAAGAUCUGUAGACAAAGGUCGUCCACACAGAGAACAAAACUUGGUAGAUUGGGCAAGACCACAACUGAAAGAUCCUCGAAAGCUACGUAGAAUAAUUGAUCCGAGGCUCGAAGGCAUGUACUCGGAAGAAGGAGUUCAAAAGGCAGCAUUAGUAGCUUACCAAUGUCUAAGCCACAGGCCAAAAGCUAGGCCAGAUAUGAGCAAUGUGGUCAGGACAUUAGAACCUUUGAAAGACUACGAAGAUACUUCAAUGGUAACAUUUGUGUACACAGCUCCAACAGAUCAAAGCAAAGAAGUUAGUGAAAAAGAUGAUCAUCAUAAAGACCAAAAGGAAGUGAAGAAAGAAACUAGUGCUAGUCCAUAUCAUUACCAAAAACAACAUCAUCAACAUCAUAAGAAUCAUAAUAGAAGUACUCCUUCAUCUCCAACAAUUCAUUCAGAAACAACUAUACACAAGAGAUUAACUCCAAAUUCACCAUUGCAUAAUGGUUUCAAGAGAUCUUAGAUUAAAUAAAUUAUUAUCAAACUGUAUAUGAUAUACUUUAGAUAGAGAAUCGUAUUCAUACGUACAUCCACAGUUCUUUUAA